CUGGGCGUCAGGUCGGGGAGCCGGUCGGGUUCCCGCUCGCCGCCGCCGCCGCCCCCCCAACCCGCAGCGACUCUCCCGCCUCUCCAGUCGCGCUGGUCGCGGGAGCUGCAUCGACAACUCUGCUCGGCUGUGGAGCCGCCGGCCCGAGAGUACAGUGCCCGGGACGCGACACACCGAGCCCCUCAUCAUCUCCAGUCAGAGAGACCCCUCCCGGGUCCGCCCUCGCCCUACGCGGCCGCCGGAGCCCCCGGCCCCGAGCGGCCCCGCGGCCCGGCGCCCGCAGCUCGGCCCCUGCACUCCCGCUGUCGCCGCCCCCCACCCUGAACAUGGACUCCGACUCCUGCGCCGCCGCUUUCCACCCUGAGGAGUACUCCCCCAGUUCCAAGAGGCGCAGGACCGUGGAGGAUUUCAACAAGUUCUGCACCUUUGUCUUGGCCUAUGCAGGCUACAUCCCUUAUCCGAAGGAGGAACUCCCUUUGAGGAGCAGCCCCAGCCCUGCCAAUAGCACCGCUGGUACCAUUGACAGCGAUGGCUGGGAGGCUGGUUUCAGUGACAUCUCGUCCACUGUGCCCUUGCCAGUCUCUGACCGCUGCUUUGGCCACCUGCAGCCCACCCUUCUGCAGCGAGCCAAGCCCAGUAAUUUCCUGCUGGACAGAAAGAAGACCGACAAGCUGAAGAAGAAGAAGAAGAGGAAGCGAAGGGACAGUGAUGUGCCCGGGAAGGAGGGCUACAUGGGGGGCUUGCUGCAGCUGGAAGCCGCCGACCCAUAUGCAGAGACCCCCACGAGCCCUACCCUGCAGGAUAUCCCCCAGGCCCCCGGCGACCCCUGCUCGGGCUGGGACUCCGACACUCCUUCCAGUGGAUCUUGUGCCACGGUGUCACCGGAUCAGGUCAAAGAGAUAAAAACUGAAGGCAAACGGACUAUCGUCCGGCAGGGCAAGCAGGUGGUAUUCCGGGAUGAGGACAGCACCGGCAAUGACGAGGACAUCAUGGUGGAUUCAGACGACGACUCCUGGGACCUCGUCACCUGCUUCUGCAUGAAGCCAUUUGCUGGCCGCCCCAUGAUCGAGUGUAAUGAGUGCCAUACCUGGAUUCACUUGUCCUGUGCGAAAAUCCGGAAGUCCAACGUUCCGGAAGUGUUUGUCUGCCAGAAGUGCCGGGACUCCAAGUUUGACAUCCGCCGUUCCAACCGGUCCCGAAUGGGCUCCCGGAAGCUGUUUCUGGACUGACUGCUGGAGAGCGAGGAGACUGUGGGCGAGGAAUCGGAAGGGACGAGGGGCCUGCUGGCCCUGGUCUUAGUUGAGCACAGAACUCUCAGCUCUGGUGCGGGCAGACCCCUGCCAUUCAGGUGCCUAAGCGAAAGGACCAGCUGUCCAAGGUAUAAACUGUACAUAGCCAGUGACUGAAUAAAAUCCUCGUUGGCCAAAGCUGCUGCUAGAGCUGUGUUCUCUGCAGUGGAGGUGGACUACACACCCAAGCGCAGUGGGUUUGGUCCCGCUGAAGGUGAGAGUACGUGGUAGUUGUGAAUUCUUCUUACUCAUUGUUAAUAAACUCCCGCCGAUUGGAACAAGUGCUAGCUGUUACUCCUGCUUCCGCUGUGUUGGCGAGAGAUGUUCAGUUUCCCUGGCCUGUUUAUGAACAGCCAUACAUGUAAGCUUCUCGAGUGUGAGUCUUUUACCAUACGUGUCUGUACAGCAGCCAUCAAAGCUGCCCCUCCCUUAGUGGUGCGCCCUCUCCCCUGCCUUGGGGGCUGCCCGCUGGAGCCCCCCGGUCUCACCCUGAGAGGAGCCUGUGGCUGGGCUAGCCGGUGACCUCCAGGUUUCCUUCUGUUUGUUAAAGGGGACGGUAUGCAGCUGCUUCUCUGUGGAAAAGGGGGGUUGGUUCGGGGGCGGUCAAGGUGGCCCGUGUUCAUAACUCAGUUUCCUGUUUUGCACGAUGUAAAAAAAAACCUGUCUUUUUGCACGAAAUAGCCAAAAGUAUUGGCAUACUUCUGCCUGGGUUCCCCUUCUCUCCAGUUGGCUUCUGAGGGCCUUGGGGGUGCCCAGCAAGAUGUUUUCAAGCGAGGGGGCACUCGAUUCUCUCCUUGUCUCUCCCUCCCUUUGUUCUAGUAGCAGCAUUAAAGGUUAGGCGGUCACUGGGGAACCGUGUUCCUCUACGUAGUGGGGGAGGGAAAAUUGGGAGCAAGGCCUCUCCCACGGGUGGUUAUUAGUACGCCCCUCAUACAGGCUGGCCUGCUGGUUCCAUGGGGCAAGGUUAGGACUUCUGAAGCCUUUCUUUUGGUUUGAAGUGGUGAGUGAGUGAUACAGUAACAUCGGUCUCCAGGAGUGUACCACUGAACUGUUCAGAGUUCCUUAGAUCUAAACUAGGACCCUGGACUGGGGAGACCCCUGUGCAGGCCAGCUCUGCAGAAGCCUGGGAGUUUGGAGCCCCGGCAGGCCUUUGCUUGAGGGCAGUGUGGCCCGGGACACUGGUGGUUCUGGGGCUCGAGGGAGAGGGAGGGCUUCAGCUUUCUCUGAAAUUGACAUUGCUCUUUAGCAGUUCAAAUACUCGUUCUUAAAAAUGUUUUUUUGGUAAAUCGAUGGGUAUGUUUUCAUAAACAUUGUUUCUUAUAAAGCGUGAAAAGGGAAAGAUGCCCAAGUCAGUCAUAUUUAUUUACAUCUAGAUGGACUCUCAAAAAAAGGAAGUAGAAAAAAAAAAAAAAGA